CACUGAUCGUCUACGUACGAGCGCUACAGGCUGAAGCGCUAGAAACCCUAGCCACCCUAUUUCUACCGGCCAUCGGAGGUUUUGGUCUUCGAACCAGGGCAUCUCUCUCGUUGCCCCACGCUGCCGUCGCCAUGGGUCGCAUGCACAGUCGCGGAAAGGGUAUCUCGUCGUCGGCGCUGCCGUACAAGAGAACUCCUCCGAGUUGGCUUAAGAUAUCCGCUGCAGAUGUGGAGGACAACAUCUGCAAGUUUGCGAGAAAGGGGCUGAGUCCGUCGCAGAUUGGUGUCGUUCUUCGUGAUUCUCACGGCAUCGCCCAGGUCAAGAGCAUCACCGGGAGCAAGAUCCUCAGGAUCCUCAAGGCUCAUGGUCUUCAACCGGGUACUCCGGAGGAUCUGUACUGCCUGAUUAAGAAAGCAGUGGCCAUAAGGAAACACUUGGAGAGGAACAGGAAGGACAAAGACUCCAAGUUCAGACUAAUCAUGGUGGAGAGCAGGAUCCACCGCUUGACCCGAUACUACAAGAGGACCAAGAAGGUCGACCCGACCUGGAAAUAUGAUGCCAAGACUGCGAGCACUGUCGUGGCGUAGGAUGCUUUUCUGAACUGCUCGAAGGCUCGAUGAAGAACAGAUGCUUUGUUUUGUUCUCGGGAGAAGAAAUAGCCUUGUGAUGCUCUAAAUUGUCUUUUUGAUCGAACUUCACCUUUGUUUUUCUAAGGUGAUGAGUAGUAUUUUAUUGUGCUGAAGAUGAUAAUAGUGGUGAUUAUCUUCGAAAAUGAAUUUGUUGAAGAAAGAUUAUAAGAAAAGGUUGAAGGUGACAUAAAUCUUAAUAUUUAUAAUACAUUAGAUAUUGAUUAGUGA